AUGUCUUCGGAGGACGAAUGUGAUUUUUCUAGUGGAGUCAACUCUCCAAAAUCAAUUGAAUUUGUGGAAGACGAUUUAAAUAUUGAUAUUGAGAUUCUUAUCAGCGAAGUCCAAGCAAGGUCUUUACUUUGGGACAAAAGUUUAAAUAAUUAUUCUGAUAGGUAUUUAAAAAGAGCUGCUUGGAAAGAAAUUUUUAUUUUGUUAUACCCAGAUUACGAAAAAGUAUCAAGUCAACAUCAAAAAUUAAUAGGAAAUAAUAUGGAGAAGAAAUGGAGAAAUGUUCGAGAUGCAUUUAUUAGAAGUUUAAAGGAAGAUAAGCCAAAAUCAGGCGAUGGCGCCAGGAAAAAAUCCAAAAAAACAUACUUACCUAUAUCAUGA